CAAAGAACCAUCUGACAUCAGCAUCAAAUCCCGCAUUCAGCUCACCCACUCAACAUGCGUCAGUUCUCCGCAGUCCUUUGCCUGUGCCUCGCCGUCUUGGCCAGAGCCGACAAACUGGGCUACAACUACCAGCCAGUGGCCCACUCCUCGUCGGGACUAAGCUUCCAGCCAUCUGGCUUGGCCAGCAACGAUGCUCCUGCCUUCGCGGCUGCACCCAGUGCAUCCUUUGCCGCCGCUCCCAUUGCUGACUCCUUCGAGGGAUCCCAGUCGGCUGCUGCCCCCAACUACGCUGCUCCCCAGGCCGAGCUCCAGAAGGAGUUCUUCACCUACUCCGCCGACGAGGGUGACUUCUACGACCCGGCUGCCUCCGAUCAGGUCUCCAAUGCCGUGAACAAGGCUCUGCGCGUCGUCUUCAUCAAGGGACCCGAGAACCGUGGCCUGGAGGAUGCCGCUCUGGCUCUGGCCAAGCAGGCUGCCCAGCAGGAGACCGCCAUCUAUGUGCUGAACAAGCAGGCUGAUAUUGGAGAUCUGGCCAACAAGCUGAAUGCCAUCCGCAACAACAACAACAACAAGCCCGAGGUGCACUUUGUCAAGUACAGGACUCCUGAGGAUGCGGCCAAUGCUCAGCGUGCCAUCCAGGGUCAGUACGAUCAGCUGGGCGGAUCCAGCCAGGCCCAGGAUGGCGGUGUGGCCUCCACCCUGAACUUCGCCUCCCAGCCCGCCCCCGCUCCCGCUCCCGUCCAUGCCGCCAGCAGCCAGGCGCCCAGCCAGUUCCUGCCCGCCCCACAGGCCGAGGCUACCGCCCCCAUCUCCUCGUACGUGCCACCUGCCACACCUGGAAGCUCCUACCUGCCCGCCAACAUUCUGCGCCGUCUGCGGUUCUGAAUUCUGAGUUCUGAGUUCUGAGCGCGAGGGCA